CCGACAAGAAAGACCCCAUAAAAGCGGCCCCCUUGCUUGGGUCUAAUCAAUCAGCCAUCGCCAUCAGUCAUGGAGAGACUCUUGAUUCUACUCAUUCUAAGCGCCGCGGCGUUCGCUUCUGUCGAAGAAAACCGAGGAAUUGAAGAAGAAGAAGAAUUGUUUGAAGGCGAUAUAAAGCUUACAGAGGAACAGAUGAACGAACUUAACUCACGAGCGGCGAUGAAGACAAGGAAAUGGCCGGGGGGCGUGGUACCGUACGAGCUGGAUUCUUCCCUUUCGGGUGAAUCUCGUGCCGUCAACGCCAUCAACGCUGCCAUCGCCGAGUACGCUAAGCUAACUUGCAUUAAGCUCAGACCCAAGAAAGCCGGCGAUAAUGCGUACCUCUCAAUCUUCAAGGGAAGCGGAUGCUGGUCAUUCCUGGGACGAAUAGGACGUAAACAGCAGCUUUCUCUCGCCGGUGGCUGCUGGUACAAGGGAAUUGUCAUCCACGAGAUCGCUCACGCUCUAGGCUUUUUCCACGAGCAGUCUAGACCAGACAGAGAUCAGUACGUCAAAAUCAUGUUCGAGAAUAUUAAAUCUGGAAGGGAAGGAAACUUCCGAAAGAAUUCUGCUUCCUCCGUCACCACCCACAACACCCCAUACGAUUACGGCAGCGUGAUGCAUUAUAGUGGAAGAGCCUUCACCAAGAACGGAAAACCAACCAUUGUACCUCUGAAAUCGGGGGUUUACAUUGGUCAGAGAGGUGGUCUGAGUCCACUCGAUGUAAAGCAAGUUAACAUUCACUACAAUUGUGGAGGCAUAUCCCCUUCUCCUGUCACAAAACCUCCACCGCAGUCAGGCUUCAACUGCAACUUUGACAGCAAUAUGUGCAGUUUCGUCAAUAUGGGCUCCGACAAAUUCGACUGGACUCGACGAAGUGGAGGCACACCGUCAUGGGGGACCGGGCCGAGCUCGGGCCAUGGAGGAAAAGGCUCCUACAUGUACAUCGAGGCAUCUUCACCCAGAAAACAAAACGACAAUGCAAAGAUGAUGGCAAGCAUUACCUUUGACGGCAACACUUGCGUCAGUUUCUACUACCACAUGUACGGUAAGCAUGUUGGCAAGCUGGUGGUCAGUGUCGGAACCAAGACUUACUUGACACUUGCUGGUAGCCAGGGAAACGCGUGGAAGCAAGCGAGCUUCAAACUCUCGGCCAAGGGAAAUUUUCCUGUCGUGUUUGAAGGCGUCGUCGGGAAAGCCUGGCAGGGGGAUAUUGCAAUCGAUGACGUAUCGGUCAAAAAGUGCUAGACACCUUGUAAGGCCUCAAGCGGUUGAGUUCCUGAUAAUGUUAUAUCUACGCUUCCACUGAUAAUACAAUAAAUAAAGUUGUUUAAUCAUU